CACGAAACGGCGAACGGGCCGCCGACGAUGCCGACGCUGCAAUGGGACGCCUCGUUCCCACCCACGUCGGACCGCCGCCAUCAGGUGGAGGGUCCACCGGACAACUCAUCGGACCUCGCGGACUUCACGCUCCUUGUCGUGGAGGAGUUUCUCCGGCAACACCAGUUUGCCCAUUGCCUGCAUGCCCUGAAAGUCGACCUCGACCAGAUGAAGCGCCCCCAUCCACCUGCCGACACGUGGAUGGGUAUGUAUGACAGACUUCGGCCAUUCCUCGGAACUCUACGCACUGACCAUGCCGACUGGAGCCUGGCCGAGUGUAUGGUAGACUUUCUCCUGCGCUUCCACGACUCGUACGAGCCGAAAACUCCCAGUCAGUCGACCAUCAGCGUGCUCGUGUCAUCGCCAGCUCGAAAUCCGCUUCCCAAGAAGGCGACAUUGUCGCUCAUGGAUGCCUUCCACGCAGCGCAAAGCCCUCUCAAGAGACCGAGCCAACACACCGCCCCCCAUUCCACGUCCGAGCCCCCCGAGAAGAGGAGCACUACCAACCAAGACGUGCCAACCCCGGCAGCCUACACAACAUCUCCAGCCUGCCGAAAACAUAUCAAACAACGCAGUGCCAGCGACAAACGACUCCAGCGAAAGGCCGUCGUCCAAGCGAUCGAGGUGCCUCCGAUGACAUCGUCCACGUCGAACGGCGACGACGGGGGGCCGCUGCCCAAACUCAAGUUCGACCAAACCGACUGGAAACGCACGUCCACCACCAUCAAGUCCAUCGAGAGGGGCAUGCGGGAAAUGCGGUACGAAACACAAUUCCAGGACAAGCAAGCCAAAGCAAUGGCCAAAGUCCUCCCGGCUGCACUUCCUCCAUCGUCCGUGGGUCGGACGGCCUCGAACGACAUCGCCGGCGCAUCGCUGCCGUACUAUCGCGCAUUGGAGCAAGAACGGUUUGGUGCGUCGAAGCGGCGCGAGUGCGGCCUGUGCCACAUCUCGCACUUGACCAUCAACUUGCCGGCCAAGGUGAGCUUUCGAUGCAUCAUGGAGCUGUACGUGCGGUGGGGCUACGUGCCGCCGGACCGGGACAGCGCCAAGUACCGACCCCCCAAGUGCUACGACGAAGUGCCGAUAUGUCGCUUCUGUGAGCAAAUUGUCCAGGAUGUGACGUGGGACCCGUCUUUUCAAAAGCCAUUCCAUUCCCUGCCAUUCGUCCACCACGACGACGUGGCGUCCUCUGGGAAACGCCCGUCGUCGUUGGACCCGUACGCUUUGCCCCCCCUGGACCCCGACGACUUUCUCAGCAGCGGCGACGACGCUUCCGACCACGAGGCGCAGGAACAGAAACCCGACGUGGUCCACCCGGACACCCCCGCCAAACUCGUGUACCGACAAGCCAACUAUUUAACCGGGGAAAAAGCGCUCAGCUUGAACGAGUGGUCCGUGCUCCAGACGUCGAUGAGCAACAUCCGCGUCGUCAUGGAGCGGACCGCGAAACUUGCCAACGCUCGCAACACAAAGCAUCUGUAACACGGAAACCCACAUCUCGACCGAG